AUGAAAUCGAUAUUGAAGAAUACGCAAGCGGAGCAACAGCAUAGGGAUGACCACGGGCUGACGUGGGACGAAGAGAACAUAGCCGUCACUGAAGCGCAAAAAGACUCAACGAUGAAAGUGACUGAGCCCAAAACGCCAUACGUUAAGUACAAUGCAGAGACCGAUACGGUGGAGAACAUCAACGAUAUCCCUGGACUUACACUCGACAGCCACCGCUCACCCUCAUCGCCUCCUUCUACCAGCCCCAGCUCGAGAUCGGCGUCGUUCAGUUUACCCCCUGAGCAUAUCGACGACGUCAGGUCAGAGCUCAGGGGCCAGCAGAGGAUAGUCAAUACCGGCACAGAAGAUGAGCACGAGUAUGGUGAUGAGACUGAGCAGGAUGUAGAGAAACACAAAGAUUUCGAGAAAAAGAGGGGAAAGCACUACUCAAACGAGGCAGAAGCUAUGCGUAAAGCCGCAGCACUUAUCGCAAAGGAAGAUGACGACGAUGACAACAAUCCGGUUACUAACGGUACUUCAAAUUCGCACUAG